UUAUAGUUGUUAAAAAUAAGUAGACUAAUUUUCAUUCUAGUAAAUUAUUUUAGUUAUAUAUUUGCGUUUUUAAAAUAAGCGCGUAGGAGUUUACGUCAAUUUCACAUUGAACUUAGCGAAAGCGCAGGGACACAUGUGGGGGUUCUUUGCAUCGGCAGGUGCAUGAGUGGCCCGCCUUACACUCUGUUUCAUUGGAGUUUUCAGCAACUGACUUGAUCGUUCCUUUUCGUCGUAACCUUCGAGGCGUUUGGACUGGUGGCGUUUGUCUGUUUCAUUUUGAUUUUUAUUUUAUUGAAAUUAAUGCCUGAUGGACGAUCUUCUUAGGAUUUGGGAUUUAGAAUCCCUUCAAAACAUUUUUAAAGAUGCAGAUUACAUAGGAGCAUGCAUUGCGCGGGUCGCGGUACUCUUAACGAGAAUGGAGAAUUUUUUAUUACUUCUGCCCACUCACAUGCACCCAAUAGAAGGGAAGAGCAGGAGAGAGUUUUUCGCCAAGAAUUGUACAAUGCUGCGAGAAAUCAACCCCACGGAAAUCGAGAAAUAUAUAAUAACAUUAGAAAUUUCCACGGAAAUGCACAUAUUGGUAUGCCUUUUAACAAUAUGCAAGCGAAUAUGAACCGGUGGAGAGUGCAAAAUGUGCCACCAAAUCCUGUCAGUAUAGAAUCAUAUGCCAGGCUGUUAAAUAGUGAAGAAUGGAAUCAUUUACGACAUUACAACAACGGUUCCCUUCAAUUCCAGUUAACAACAGAGGAAAUAGUUCCAUCACUUGUUAUUUUUGAUCCGAAUUUUGUCGCAGACCUUUUCUUAAACGCAGAGUUAUACAUAGACGUAUCGAAGAAGGCGAUUCCGGCCAAUAUAGAAUGCGAACAACUCCUAACAAUUAUGAGCGUCAAAAACGGCUACGUUAUUCCUUGCAUCUGGGCACUGAUGACUUCAGAUUUCCGCCAAAGUUAUGUCGAAGUUUUUCAACAAAUAAGACGCUGCAUUCCGCAUAUGUCUAUACGUUCUGUCGUUACAAGUUAUGGAAGAAACUUGCAAGAAAGCUUACAAUCAGAAUUUCCAAAUGCAACGAUUUCAGGAAGUCUGCAUCAUUUCCAUGAGGAACUCUAUAAGAAAGCUAAUGAAGUUGGAAUGACGAGAGAUUGGGCAGAUAAUGAUGAAAUUCGAACGACAUUUCUUUCCGUACUGGCUUUACCGAUGCUACCAAGAGAACAAAUUAGAAUUGGAUUAUUUCACAUCCAAACUAAAAUUAACAACGAGAAUGAAGGUGUUAAUAAUUUUAUGGAUUACAUUUCAACACAGUGGAUACAAAGCGUACAACCGCAUCGUUUUUCAAUACAUCGUCAAUAUGAUCGCAUCUUCAACAUCUUUCAACCGUAUAGAAACCGUCUAGCAUCAAAAAUUGGCAACUUUGAAGAAAUAUGGAGUUUUACAAGAAAAAUGGUUUCUCUACAAAGCAGACUUUUCCUUGAUAAGCAGAAGAUAGUAACUGAAAGGAGAAAUGGAGUACAGUGCUCCAAAUUGAUAAAUCGUGGUUUAAAAUCUCAAAUAAUGAGAGCGUGGAAUAAUUUGGAGGCAAGGAGAUUGUCACUUGAAGAUUUUUUGACCAACGCCUCAUACAUCGCCGUCGAAAGCAAUGUCGAGUUUUUGGAGGCCGACUAUCAGAAUGAUGACCUCAUUGAACUUAUUGUUCCAGAUGAAGAUGGUAAUGAUAAUGCGAACAUGCAUGAAGAUGCAGCAAUUAUUAUUGACAUCGCGGCAGAUGACGAAAUUGAUGCUAAUAAUCGUAUUGAAGAAGAAGAAGCAGGGGAUAAUAAUAGAGAAAUCAUUGACAAUGAGCCCAAUCUUGUUAAAGAAGGGAAUAAUGGAGAAAUAAUUGCCAAUCAACCCAAUCUUCCUAUUGAAGAGGAACGUAAUAAUGGAGAAAUCAUUGACAAUGAGCCCAAUCUUGUUGAAGAAGGGAAUAAUGGAGAAAUCAUUGCCAAUCAACCCAAUCUUCCUAUUGAAGAGGAACGUAAUAAUGAAGAAAUGAUUGUCGUGAAUGAAGCUCCCCAAAACAACAUCAUCAAUGCAGAUUAAAAUUGCAGCAAAUGCGUAAUUUGCUACGAAAACAUACCAAAUUAUGUUAUUGUAAACUGUGGGCAUAUUUGUCUUUGCGAGGAGUGUGCCAACAACGAUCAUUUUACCAGUCCACCUAACAAAGAAUGUCCGAUUUGCCGGAGUGAAAUAUUAAUGAUAAUCAGGACAUACACUUUGUAAAAAAGACAGGUUCCUCGGAUAAUCAACAAAUGUAAUCAGAAAGCAGUAAUAACGAUGAGUGGAGUACAACAACAUCUGCUUCUUUUAAAUGCAGAUGCUUCUAAUCGGUCAAAUAGACAUGUGAUGUUUCGAUUCAACGUCUAAGAGACGAAAAAGAGCUUUAAUAAUGUUUUAAACAGUAUUUUUACUAUGAGACUGAAUAUUUUAGUAACUGUACAUAAAAUAUAUGCAGGCUGUUCAGGCUAAUUUUGCGAAUCGAUAAGUAAUAUCGAAUUAUGUUCUUUGGGACGAGAUGGGUUUCCCUCUUUUUCUCAUGUGAGAUAAGUAUAUUUGAAAUUCUGUUCGAGUGUUACAUUUUUUUGUUUUCCAAAUACUGUUCUAUGUUGUUGGUAAUUUCAAUUCUUGUAUUCGGCACUACGAUUUAAACUAUGAGACUGAUUUUUUUAGAAAAACAAAUCUAAGCGGAUUAAUAACAGAUAUUUAUAUUUGAUAAUAUUUGAUAAUAAUAUUUUAUUUAUUAAAACUAUUGUUUAAACUACACAUAAAAUAUAUGCAGCCUGUUCAGGGUAAUUUUGCGAAUCGAUAAGUAAUAUCGAAUUAUGUUCUUUGGGACGAGAUGGGUUUCCCUCUUUUUUUCAUGUGAGAUAAGUAUAUUUGAAAUUCUGUUCGAGUGUUACAUUUUUUUGUUUUCCAAAUACUGUUCUAUGUUGUUGGUAAUUUCAAUUCUUGUAUUCGGCACUACGAUUUAAACUAUGAGACUGAUUUUUUUAGAAAAACAAAUCUAAGCGGAUUAAUAACAGAUAUUUAUAUUUGAUAAUAUUUGAUAAUAAUAUUUUAUUUAUUAAAACUAUUGUUUAAACUACACAUAAAAUAUAUGCAGGCUGUUCAGGGUAAUUUUGCGAAUCGAUAAGUAAUAUCG